AUGUUGGGGCGUGGUCCCUUCGCUCAAGCUUCAGUGCAAGCCACACUGCUGCAAAUCUUAUUGAGGGACACUGCUCUUGCUGCUAAACAAGCAAUGAGAAAAAUCCCAGAACCCACCAGUAUUCAGUCAAGGUGGGGUUCAAUCAGGCAAGAAGCAAGAGAAUCAUAUUCUUCCUUUAUGGAUAGGCUGCUUACAGCAGUGAGUCGCCAAAUUGAAAAUCCUGAAGCCAAACAAAUAAUCAUCAAACAAUUGGCCUUUGAAAAUGCCAAUGAGGAUUGUAAACUUGCAUUGCGACCGAUAAUACACAAUCCUGCCACAGACACAGCAGCCAUGCUUCGCAUUUGUCAGUCUGUCGGUACAGCCACCCACAAGGCUUAUCUGCUGGCAGCAGCGCUAAAUGAAAACCAGCCUGUAGCCACCGAUACAACUUAUUUCCAGGGUGGCAAACCAGGAUCACCGAUACCCCAGUGGGGGAUUAAACAGUGGCCUCUACCAAAAGAAAAAUCCGCAGCAGCGGCACCAGCUAUCUCUGAACAGCUUAUUUCUGAACAAUUGACUUUUGGCCACAUUGAAGCAUCUUCAUCCCACUGGCUCCAGCAGACAGGGAACAGUUUGCUUUUACAUCGCCAGUAUAUAACAAUUCGCAGCCCACCCAGCGAUAUCAGUGGGUUGUCCUGCCUCAAGGCAUGCGGAACUCCCCUACACUUUGUCAACAUUUUGUGGGUGAUGCAUUGA